AUGGAUCCGGGUUAUCUGAAAGACGAGGUUAGCAGUAAACCGUUCGAAGAUGGUACAAAGUACAGAAGCGUUGUAGGUGCACUACUCUAUAUUGCGGUAUGUGCACGCCCGGACAUUGCGACAAGUGUCGGGAUUUUAGGUCGGAAAUUCAGUGCUCCCACGGAAGCCGACUGGACAGCAGCGAAACGUGUAGUACGUUACCUAAAAGGUACGAAGAAAUGGAAACUGCAACUUGGAGGUAAAAAUGCUGAAGCAUUGGUGGCAUUUUCGGAUUCGGAUUGGGCAGGAGAUAAGAGUACGCGAAAAUCAACGACUGGAUACGUUGUGUACUACGCAGGAGGAGCAGUCUGCUGGGUGAGUCGUCGGCAGAGUUGUGUAACGCUGUCGACAAUGGAGGCCGAGUAUGUCGCUCUGGCUGAGACGUGUCAGGAGGUUAUCUGGCUGAGGCGACUACUCGAAGAUUUUGGCGAACAUCAAGUGACAGCAACAGUGGCCAUGGAGACAACCAAGGCUGUUUAA